AGAGUUUGUCACAAGAUAGUUCUUAUCACUGGAACUCUCUUAGAAGCAUCUGGAGGCAAAUGGAUCGCGAAGAUACAAUCACGAAUCCGAAUCCAUGUUCAGAAAAGGAGAAUUACUACAUUGACAACUUAAAGCUUAAUGUCUUACUAAGCGAUGUAAACGAGUCCAUCGACUACUUGACAGCAUCAUUAAGUACACUAGGAGGAGCUAUGGAGUCUUUAAAACAAAAGGAUACAUUAGAGACUUCUGUGAAACUUGCUAAGCAAAUAUCAUAUGAAAGAGAGGUUCUUUCGAGAAAGCAGCCU